AUGCGCCAAAACAACAAACAAUCUACACCCAAGCGACGCAGCCAGCGCCUCAUUGAGGCAAAGGCGUCCAAAAAGAAGAGACUCCCAAGUCCAGAAAAUGCCUUUCGCCAAACUAUAUGGGCGCUUCCAACCGAAAUCCUACUGCUGAUCAUAAGCAACUUGUCUCUACCAUGGAAAUAUUCUUUAGCUUUGACCUGCAAAUCUUUUACGGAGCUGACUCAUAGAAGCACGCUCCCGUGUCUCGAAGGGGAGGGGCUGAUAGAACUUCUUUCAACGUUGCAAAAGAAUAUUCCUAGUGUGUAUUUUUGCUAUUGUUGCUACAAGUUGCGCCCGUUUGAUCCCAAUCUUAGGUGGAAAAGCCGGCCUCAUGAAGAGACUCUUAGCAAGGGGGACCAGGCGUAUGGAGAGACUCCCAAUAUCUUCCCUCGUAUACACUGGUGGCCCAAUGGAUUACAGAUCGAUCACGUCUUAUUCCCAGAACAAUUCCGCCACUUAGUGAGCAAUUACAAUAUUUGCUUUAUGGAAGCGAAUCUGGUCAUGCGUCGGCAUUUUCACGGGUUCUCCCAUGGUAUCUCUCUCAAGAAUCUAGAACAAUAUGAGUCAUGUGAGGAUGUCAUUGAGUUACAAUGCAUUAAACUCAAAGACGGGUGCUCAUACACUUUUUACGACUGGGAAGACACCUCCAAUACCAAAACUCAGUUUUCCGGAGAUAAUUUCGAAGCGUUACAAAUAAAGAAAAACACCUGGAGAUUUUUCUUUCGAUCUAUUCCGAAAAUCAUCGAUAACAAGCUCUAUGUUGCCAGAUUUUUUACAAUAACCGGACCCCUAGUAUCCGAAGAGCUCCUUGAAAAGGUUAUAGGCAGUAUGUCAAUAUCGAUCUGCCCCCAUCUCACUUGCACAGCCUACCCACGUUGCUGUUAUAUCAAGCACAAACUUCCAGGGCGCUCGCGCGACUGUCUAAGCGUUCAGCCAAGAGAGCCUUAUCUUCAAGACGAUGGAGAAGCUGUUGAAUUCGAUCUGGAGCAGGAUUCGUGCCCAGUAUGCAUAACAGAUUACCGCAUUUCCCUCGACCAAGGAAUAAGCGAUGAAGAAACAAACUUGAAUAUCAGCACUUAUCAUUGUCUUGGAUCUUGCCAGUCUCCAAAGGAUGAGCUUUGGAUGUCUUUCGGCAGCCGCGAUCCAAGCCUUCGAAGACUAUUAAGCUCUCGCGCUCCAGAACUUGACCGUGGAAGUGUCCAACAAGAAUGGCACGAAGCAGCAAGAGUUGAAGAUGAAAUGGAAGUGGCUGGGGACAUGGUAUAA